AGGGCGAGCUGGAGGAGGAGAGGAGGAAGCGAGCGGAGGAGCUCAGGUGUUACUUUCCUCCACUGACACAAGUUUGUUUCCUCCAGAAAACAGAAAGUGUGGUUUUCUCACGCUCAAUCUCCAAUCUCCAGACUGAAGAAAGUGGCAGAGGAGGAGGAGAGGAGGAGGCGUGAAGAGGAAGAACAAAUGCGAGCGAGACAGGAGCAGGCGAGAAGGGAAAGCGAGCGGAGGAGGCAGGAGGACAGGAGGAGGCAGGUGGAGAGGCUCCUGAACAUGAGAGAGGAAGAGGAACAAAGGAGGAAAGCUGAGCUGGAGCGUUUGCAGCUGGAGGAGCAAAGGAGGCAGGAGGAGGAGAGCAGGAUGCUGCAGGAGAUGGAUGAGGGCGAGAGGUUCGAGUACCUGCGGAGAAAGGAGCAGGAGGAAGAAGAGAGGAGGAACAGAGAGGAGGAGAGGAAGAGGAGAGAGGAGGAGGCUGCUUUAAGGGCUGCAGAAGAGGCCAGGCUCCAGGCGCAGAAGCUCCUCAGAGAGAUGGCGCUGUUGCAGCAGCACUUGACAUUUAAACGAGAUCUCGCGUUGGAGGCCGGAGGUCUGGAGAGUACCCAGGGUAUCUCCCGACCGUGGAUCUACUCUUAUUUCAGUUUGCUGCAGUUACUGGGACUAAAUCCCACUCCGAGCUGAGACCUCGACAUGAUGGACGGAGUUGGAGACACGUGAUUUUGUCCAUUUUGUACAUACCAUACCAUUUUCAGUUUCUUUCCUUUGUUUCAAUCAAAGACUGUAUGGAAACACCUGCACUUCUUUCCUUACACGCAAGUCAAGUCACAGUUACUAUAACAAAGCCAAAUUUAAAAAUUAUGGGAACCAUAUUAAAUGAUUGGUAACUUUUUAAGGCUAAAAAUGUAAUAAAAUCCUAUAUAAUAUAUAAAUUACAAAGCCAACAGUGA